AUGGACAACGCCACCCCUUGGAUGGAUGUGGAUUAUCCAGAACCUCCACAACAGGAGUACCCUAUGCUAGUUCAUUUACGGUGCCUACCACUGACAAUGCCUUUGUGCCUCGCAAUCUCUAAGAAUUAUGCCUGUGUUAAGGACUCUAUGGCCCAGCUCAUUGUUUACCUGGCAUCUCUCCGUCAGUCCCCAUUGGAACGAAAAUGGAAGGAUGCAACUGUCUACGGCGUCGCAUCCGAUGGAUUUACCUUCGGCUUUGUCAAGAUCUCACACGAUGGAACUGUGAAGCGCAGCCAAGGUAUGACAUUAUGUGCGGUCAACUGA